AUGUCGACCAGCAAUGACGGCAUGCAGACAAAUAUCCUGGUUCCGGAUGAUGCGGUAACCCUACAAAACUCGGGGCUGGUCAGCUCUCCUUCGUCCGAUGGAACACGUCGUAUUCAUAAACGACGUUUAAACCGAUCUAGCGAUGAAGAAGAACAGCAUCUUCCGCUGACCCCCGUAUCGAUCUCCUCAAGCUCCGAUUCCUUUGUCAGUAUCCCGGAUCAUCUCGUCUCUUUGGCCGCACUCGAGCAUCUCGGCUAUAACUCGGAAACUGCAACUCUUAUCUGGGAGUAUUGGACUAACUGGCCACCUGGGGAGCCUAAGAGGGAGACUGAUGACACUGAUAAUGGUGUCCUGUUUAUUGACGUCGCCGAAGGUCACCUUGAUUAUUCUCCCGAUACCUGCUCAGAGAAUGAUGCCGAAUGGUUCCACUGUAUGAAUCUAUAUGGGAUCACUCGCGAGCUUCAGGAGGCAAUCAUGGAUCCCAAGUUCCGAUCGAUCCGCCUAACCGACUCAUGCAAGUCCUGGAUUCGGGACACCUUUCAGUUACGCAACCGAGCCCUCCAGGCGGUACAAGAAGCUUCCCGUGAGCGAGAUAUGGCUAGUCGACGGGAAGCUUCCCGACCUGGACAAAGUAGUUCUGGACGGCGAUCAAUUUCAGAUUCUUUGAGAAUGGUUCCUUGGCUAUCGCAUGAAACCGCUUUAUCGGAAGCUGCAACAACUGCAGCUUCAAGAGCACCGGGCCAUACAACCAUCUACAAGGGAAUUGAUCAAGCUCUUAUCACGGAAUUAUUCGACCAUAAUGGCAACCUAGACUUCGGAUGCCUUAUCUCCCGAUCACGUUGUGAUUUCUCCGGAAGACAGGACGAUCUCUACUUCGCUAUUGACCGAGAAGUGGCCGAACUGUAUGCUUGCUAUAUCAAGCACCGCAGUACGUGCAGCGGGGUUGUCAUUAUUCAUAUCAGUAUCCCGAACUCGGUCAUUGAGUCCCUCUCUAUACCCGAUAUCCAAUUUAACUAUUGGCCCAACGCAGAAUGGAAGUCACUUAUCUUUCAUUGUCGACAGGGGAAAAAGCUCCCCUCUAAGCUCCGGAAGUACAAACUUGCUAAGCUUAUAAUUGGAACCAUUUGUGGCAAGCCAAACCUUGUUAUUAGCAGGAUGCGAUCUCCAGAUGAAAUCACGGAGCACAUGGUUCUGAAGACUAGCGAUGGACGCAACGCAGUCCAGUACGUGUUCAAAGGGGACGAUGGAGAUACUUUGUUAGAGGAGUGCAGCAGCGUAACUGUGUUCCCUUUAACAUCACGACAGUUUCAGGCCUGGCUUGAGCGCGUCUGA